AUGAGUUUAAGUUCAUUUAAUAAUAAAGUUAUAGAAUUAGAAAAAGCAGUUAAACGAAGUAAAGUUCGAAUUAUUCGAAAAUUAACUCGUCAAAUUGAACAUGAACGAAAAAAAACUCCAGAUGAUGAACGUACGAUAAAAAAAGUUAAAAGAAUAAUCGACGAAAUUCAUCAAAUUCGAAAACUACCAAAUAAAGAUGUGGUAUUAUUUGCAAUGCAAAAUGAAGGAACUAUUGCUGAAGUUCUGCAAAAAUGCAAACCAGGUAGUGAUGAUAUUAGCCAACUUGCAUUAAUCCGUUUAGCAACAGAAAAAUCACUUCAAUCCGAUGUUGUAUCUUUAAAAAAUCAUGAAGAUUAUGCAAAAUCAUGGCAACCAUUAUUUAUUAUGUAUCAAUCACGGCAUGAAAAACGUAUAGCAUGGAAAGAAAAAUCUCAAGAUUUUGAAAAAAUUGAACAAGCUCUUGUUGACCAACAAAAAGAAUUAGACACUAUUGAACAAAACUUACCGAAACCAUUGAAAAUUAAAAAGAAAAAAACUGAAAAAAUUAAAAAACCUCGUGUAGCACGUUCAAAACAAGCUGUUGUUUGUGUACUUGAUUUAGCCAAUAAAACAGCUAAACCAUUUGGAAAACCUAUCCGUGAAGAUGAAGGCGAAGAAGAAGAAAAAGAAGAAAAAGUAGUUGAUGUACCUGAAAAAAUGGAUACAGAACAAAAAUCUCUUACAGCAUUAGCAUCAGAAACAUCUGUAGUUAUUAAUGAUCCAUUUUUUAUAAACAGUCAACAUCAAAUAACUUAUCAGAAAAGAACAAGUCGAAAUGAAAAUGAUAAUAAUGUUGAUGAUAAACGUUUUAUCGAACAAUCAUAUUUUAUCGAUGCACUUUCAUCAUCAUCAAAUCGACGAGAUGGUGGUGGAGAUCUUGCAAGAAAAAAAUGGACACAUUUAACACCUCCAGUUCGUUCACGUCCAUCAAAUAAUUCAUCAAUGCCAAAUAAUAGAAAAUCAAACGAUUCAACAAAUAAUCAAAAAUCUGAUAAUACUUCUCUUCAUCCAUCAUGGGAAGCAAGUAAAAAUGCCAAAUCACAAUAUCGUAUACAAAAAUCACAAGCAACAAAGAUCGUUUUCAACAAUAGUGAUGAUGAAUACACUUAA